GAAGCGCGGGGCAUGCCGUCACAUGACCGUGAUUGGUGCAUCGGGGGAUGAUGGAGAGUCGUCCCGCGCGGCUGCCGCUGCGUACGACAGGCCUGGCCUGAAUAGGCACAAUCCACGGACGCCCGCUAUCGGCCAUGGAGUCGGACCACCCGCGUUGGCGGUCUUUUUGUGGACGACCUCCAUCAUCUCUUCACGCGACUACUAAUCCCUCUACUGCCGACUGGAUGUCCUGAAUUGACGACCAGCGUUACGACGAGGGGAAACAUUGUUUGCUUGACACGAUGCUCUCGUUACGGAGCGUACGGCGGUUCGUGUGGGGAGAGGUCCCGGAUACCAGGGCGGAGCGGACGCUGCUCCUGAAGAUCGACUGGUUCAUCCUGUCAUACUGCUGCCUCAUGUACUUCACGAACUACCUCGAUCGAAGCAACGUCUCAAAUGCAUACGUCUCGGGCAUGAAGGAAGACCUCCACAUGUACGGCACAGAAUUCAACAAAAUCAACACGAUAUUCACAUGCGGUUAUAUCGUCGGAAUGGUACCAAACAACUUGAUGCUCCAGGUGGUCCCGCCAAGGAUCUGGUUCCCAGCCAUGCAGAUCGUAUGGGGUGUCUUGACAUUUUGCUCGAGCGCCGUCAAGAACGUUGAGCAGCUGUAUGCUAUUCGGUUCUUCCAAGGCCUGAGCGAGGCAUCAACAUUCGUCGGCACACAUUACAUCCUUGGCUCAUGGUACAAGCCAGGCGAGCUGGGAAAGCGCUCCGGCAUCUUCACGAGUUCAGGUCUGAUUGGGACACUCUUCUCAGGAGUACUUCAAGCAGCAGUAUAUCAGCACCUGAAUGGAACAAAUGGCCGCAGUGGCUGGCGCUGGCUAUUCAUCAUCGACGGUGUAAUAACUCUCCCCAUCGCUCUAUACGGCUUCUUCGUCUUCCCGAACACCCCAACCACGACGACCGCAUUCUACCUCUCGGAGGAGGAACGCGAGCUCGCCGUAACCCGUUUGCAAACGGGCAAGGACGCCCCGAAGAAGCACCGCGGGGUCGGCCGCCCCACCUGGGACCUCGCAAAGCGCGUCCUCGGCCGCUGGCGGUGGUACGGCUGCAGUCUCCUCUUCGCGAUCUCGGGCGAGACCGAGAGCUUUGGCUCGAACAAUCUGAUGGGCCAGUGGCUCUCCGCGGCGGGGGGCUACACCGUCGAGCAGGUGGACUACUACCCGAGCGGCGUGACCGCGGUCGGGAUCGUCUCGACGCUCGUGUGCGCGACGUGGACCGACGCGACGCGCGAGCGCGCGCGCUGGCCCGUGCUCGUGUACAUGGCCGUCGCGGUCAUCGUCGCGGCGGUGUGCAUCCUGGUGUGGGCGAGCCCGACGGGGCUCAAGUUCUUUGCAUAUUAUCUGGCGGGCGCGAGUUAUGCGGGGCAGGCGACGACGUUCGCAUGGGCAAACCAGAUCUGCGCCGACGACGACCAAGAACGCGCCGUCGUCCUCGCCUCCAUGAACAUGUGGAACAACGUCGUCAAUGCCUGGUGGCAGCUCGUGUUCUACCCCGCCACGGAUGCGCCGCGCUUCCACAAGGGCAUGUGGGCUAUGAUCGGCAUCGGGCUCGCGACGCUCCUCGUCACCUUCCUCGUGUGGUAUCUCGAACGCCGCGAGAAGCGGGGCGCCGCCCGCGCUACGACGAGCGAGGCCGGCCGCGUGGAUGAAGUGAUCGAGGAGAAGGAGAGGGACCUGGACGAGAAGAAUGUCGAUGGGUUCUGACAUUACGAUCGAAUGAGACGCGGUGGUUUGCUUCAAUGGUCACCGUGUUUAGAUAGGCUGCACUUGUACUUGUGUAACAUACCAUGCACAUUGAUACUAGAUCUUCCUCGGCGAACAUACACCUGCCCG